AUGGAUACAUUCGUCGACUCAUCUUGGUAUUUCAUGCGAUUUCCAGACGCCACGAAUGAGCUGGAGCCCUUCUCGCAGCGAUCCGCAGCUGAUAUGCUUCCCGUCGACACCUACGUUGGUGGCGUCGAACAUGCCAUUCUACAUUUGCUUUAUGCGCGCUUCGUCUACAAAUUCCUGUGCAGCGAACGUCUUGUGUCUAGCGACAACGGCCAUGCCGAGCCAUUCCAACAACUCAUCGCGCAGGGGAUGGUACACGGGAAGACGUUCUCUGAUCCUGAUAGCGGUCGGUUCCUGCUGCCUGGUGAAGUCGACUUUGAUGGCGAAGAGGCAAGGAUCAAAGCCUCGGGUAAAGCACCCAACGUCACCUGGGAAAAGAUGUCCAAGAGCAAGCAUAACGGCGUGGACCCGUCCAUAGCCAUUGCAAAGUUUGGAGCAGACGCCUUACGAGCACACAUUCUCUUUGCCGCUCCCGUUAGUGAAGUGCUACAGUGGGAUGAGGAAAAGAUUGUCGGCAUACAGAGGUGGUUUAGUCGGGUCCACCGCCUCGUCUCUGAGUUAAGUUCACAGGUCCAGGUGGAUGUCUCGCAGGUCAGCAUACCAGAGUUAAGCGAUCUUAGCACGAAUGAUGGCAACGCCCUGCUUUUGACGGAAAGCACCAGCAAAAGUAUCUCGCAGACCUUCUCGAGCGACAUCUACAGGCUGAACACAGCGGUCUCCGACCUCAUCAAGCUGACCAAUGGCUUGGAGGGGAUCGGCAUCAACAAUCUUACAUCGUCCGUCGCGUAUGUCACGGUCACCGCGCUCCUGAAGAUGAUGGCUCCAAUCACGCCAGCGUUCGCAGAGGAAUGCUGGGAAAGACUAGUGCCUGACACGGUCAGGAAGAGUAUCUUCGACGAGUCGUGGCCGGGCGAUAUCAUAACCCCUGAACAAGAGGCUGCUCUGCAGAGCCGUCAAACAACCAUCACCUGCGCCGUGCAAGUCAACGGCAAACUACGAUUUACCGCACAAGUACCGUCCGAUUCAUCGGGAGGUAAAGCCGGAUCGGACCUCGCAGCACGAGAGGCGGAGAUCAUCCGUGCUGUUCUCGGCACCGAUGAAGGCCGGAUGUGGCUGACGGAAAAGAACAACUGGGAAAAGAAGAAGAGAGUCGUUGUCGUCGGCGGAGGCAAGGUGUUGAACGUUGUGUUCUAA